AUGAGUUCUGUAAAGAGAAAGUGUUUUACAAUUGAAGAAAAGAGUGCAAUAUUACACAGAUUAGAAGCUGGUGAAUCAAACGCGACCCUCGCAAAGGAAUUUGGCGUAUCUCAUUCUACAAUAUCAACAAUAAAGAAGAAUAAAUACAAGAUCGAGCCGUUAUUUAAUGCCAAUGUUUUGAAAUGCAAACGUGUAAGAACUUCUACUCAUGAGCAGUUGGAAAAGGCAUUGUUACAGUGGUUUAAGCUUCAGCGCGACCGGGGAAUACCUCUUAAUGGACCUCUGCUACAAGAGAAAGCAAAUUUUUUUGCUAGACAGUUGGACAUGCAAAAUUUCAUAUGUUCCAUGAGUUGGAUAAACCGUUUUAAAGUAAGACACAACAUCGUCAGUGGAAAUAUUGUUGGCGAGUCUUUGUCAGUACAACAGAGUGAUGUACACGAUUGGUUAGAAAAAGUUUGGCCUACUCUACGUGCUCAAUUUAGUGAUGAUGAAAUUUUUAAUGCAGAUGAGACCGGGUUGUUAUAUAAAUUAACCCCAGACAAGACGUUGAAAUUUGAAGGUGAAAAAUGUACAGGAGGAAAAUUAUCAAAGGAGCGAAUAACAGUGAUGGUGGCAGCCAACAUGAGUGGCAUAGCUAAAAAAAACUUCUCGUUUAGUAUUAACCCGAAAUUCUUAGAAAAAGAAGUGGAACAGUGGAGUAAUGACGAUGAGUAUGAAAGAGGGAAGAAGAUUGCGACAAAAAUCAAAGUCACUAAUGACACAGCAGAGAGAGGCAUGAAGCUAAUGAAGGAUUAUAACGGGAAGUUGAGCGCGAAUGAGGACCAAAAGUAUACGUUACAAGUAGUAUCCAAUUACCGAACUUAA